AUGAGCUCCUCGCCUCCUCGCCGCUUCGCCUCGUCCCGCCCGGACGCCAGAGCCACGGCGCUCACGCGCUUCGUGGACGAGAACGGCGCCAUCCGCUGCGGCCAGCGCACGGACGACGGCUCCACGGCGCUCCUGGUGGAGGACGACGACCCGCUGGGCUCGCUGCACUUCACGGGCGAGACCGCCACCAUCGAGAAGGUGCUGGUGCCCGUGGUGCCGUCGCAGAUCCUGGGCAUCGGCCUCAACUACCGCAAGCACGCCAAGGAGACCAACAUGCCCGAGCCCAAGUUCCCCGUGCUCUUCACCAAGGGCGUCAACGCGCUGCAGAACCCGCACGACCCCGUGGUGAUCCCGCGCGUGGCGUCGGACCCGCCCGAGGUCGACUACGAGUGCGAGCUCGCCGUGGUGCUCAAGGAGGCCUGCCGCGACGUGACCGAGGAGGAGGCGCUGAGCUACGUCGGCGGAUACACGUGCGCCAACGACAUCUCGGCGCGUCGCUGGCAGGGCAAGAAGGGAGGAGGCCAGUGGUGCCGCGCCAAGACCUUCGACACCUUCUGCCCGCUGGGCCCCGUGCUCAUGACCCCCGAGGUCAUCCCGGACCCGCAGACGCUCGGGAUCGCCACCUACCUCAACGGAGAGCAGGUGCAGAAGUCCAACACGGGCGACAUGAUCUUCUCGGUCGCCAAGCUGAUCAGCCAGCUGUCGCAGGACUGCACGCUGCCCAAGGGCACGCUCAUCCUCACGGGCACCCCCGAGGGUGUUGGUGUCGCUCGCAACCCUCCGCUCUUCCUUGCUCCCGGAGACAUGGUGGAGAUCGAGAUCGAGCGUAUCGGCAAGCUCGUGAACCCUGUGGUGGGCGCCUCGGCGCUGUAA